UCCUCGGGGAACAGGGUAAGUGUGGCAGUGCUGCUGCUGCUGUGCCCUGCGGCAGCCCCUACCCCUCUGCCCGGGGCACUGCGCUCUGCUGCUGACCUGCCACCUGUGCCCUCUUGCAGAGCUCCCUUCCAUCCCGACCAAAGAUGUCCUGCUACGACCUGUGCCCGCCCAAGGCCGAGCUGUGCCCGCCCCGAGCCAGCGUGGCCGUGCCCCAGCCCAUCGCCGAGAGCUGCAACGAGCUGUGUGCCCGCCAGUGCCCCGACUCCACGGCCUUCAUCCAGCCGCCCCCCGUCGUCGUCACCUUCCCCGGCCCCAUCCUCAGCUCCUUCCCCCAGCAGGCCGUGGUUGGCUCCUCCGGAGCUCCUGCCUUUGGCGGCUCCCUGGGGCUGGGAGGCCUCUACGGCGCCGGCGCCACCCAGGGCUCGGGGGGGCUCUGCACCUUCCCCAGAGCUGCUCCUGCCUGCAGCCCCUGCCUGCUGCCUCGCUACACCAGGAAGCUCUGGGACACCUGCGGGCCCUGCUAGGCUCACACUGGCCCCAGGCCCUGCCCGCAGCCCAGACCUCAUCACCACCCCCAUGCAGAGUGAUGCUUUGGAGAAGAUCCCCCUGAUGGCACCAACUCCUGGGAGCAGCCCUGCUGGCCCUUGCCCACCA